UUUUCUGUGGCUUUCGGUGGUAGCCUUCACUCUAAGCUUGUCGCUGGAAGUUUAUCCAUUGGAGUUUUGAUUGAUAAUGCCUAUGUGUGCGUAGUUAUCGCGAGUGUAUUACUGUCGGUUGCAUGUACAGGUAAGUACGUAUAAUAUAGCUAACUAUAGAUAUACCUGGUACGCCGGCGUUGUGUCCAACAGUUGCAGGACAGCAGUGCUCUAAUGAAGGAGAGGUUAGAUUAGUUGACGGAAUGACUGAGAACGAAGGCAGAGUGGAGAUAUGCUGCAGCCGGCGUUGGAGCGCUAUCUGUUAUGAUGGAUGGGGUCGAAUCGAGGCCCGCAUCACCUGCAGGGAGCUUGGAUUCCGUUAUGGUGCCCCUGCCGACCACGGCAGAGGAUCUGGUCAAAUUUACCGUCCUAGUUUCUCGUGUGAUGGACAUGAGACUCACCUUCAGUACUGCCCUUUUUCUGCUUAUUGUUAUUCCCCUGAAGAUGCUGGAGUAAUAUGUCACAGUUCGCAGUGCAAUGAGACUGAUGUUAGACUGGUCGACGGGCAGCUAUCUGAUGCCAAUGGUAGAGUGGAGAUAUGUUACAAUGGGUUGUGGGGCUCUGUGUGUGAUGACCUGUGGGAUGCUCAAGAUGCACAAGUGGUGUGUAGACAACUAGGAUAUGUCGGACUUUCUGUCUCACUGCUAAGAUAUCCUGUUUUGACAAAUGAAUUGUCAUUAUUUUAUCACUUGGACAAUGUUCAAUUGCAGUGGAGAUGAAGAUAUGCUAAGUGAAUGUGAACACAAUGGAGUUGGUGUUCAUGACUGUAGUGUUGGGUAUGAGGAAGCUGGAGUUAUAUGCAAUUACCUGGAGUGUAAUGAGACUGAUGUUAGACUAGUUGAUGGGCUAACGCCACAUGAUGGUAGAGUGGAGAUAUGUUUCAAUGGGUUGUGGGGGUCAGUGUGUGAUGACCUGUGGGAUGCCCGAGAUGCACAAGUGGUGUGUCGACAACUGGGAUAUGAUGGAUCUUCUACUGCAAUACAACAACAUCCUGUUAAAUCAAAUGCAUCAUUAUUCUAUUACCUGAACAAUGUUGGUUGCAGUGGAGAUGAAGAUAGGUUAAGUGAAUGUGAACACAAUGGAAUUGGUGUUCACAAAUGUGGUGUUGGGUAUGAGGAAGCUGGAGUUAUAUGCAAUUCCACUUUAGAUCUGAAGUGCAAUGAGACUGAUGUUAGACUGGUUGAUGGGCGGCUAUCUAAUGCCAAUGGUAGAGUGGAGAUAUGUUUCAAUGGGUUGUGGGGUUCAGUGUGUGAUGACCUGUGGGAUGCCCGAGAUGCACAAGUGGUGUGCCGACAACUAGGAUAUGUCGGGCUUUCUAUCUCACUGCGAAGAUAUCCUGUUUUGACAAAUGAAUUGUCAUUAUUUUAUCACUUGGACAAUGUUUAUUGCAGAGGAGAUGAAGAUAGGUUAAGUGAAUGUGAACAC